AUGAGUUCCAUCUUUCUUCCCCAUCUUAAAACAGGCUGGCAUGUGGACCAGGCGAUUUUGUCUGAAGAGGACAGACUAGUCAUCAUCCGUUUCGGAAGAGACUAUGAUCGUCUGUGCAUGAUCAUGGAUGAAAUCUUGUACGGCAUUGCUGAAAAAGUCAAGAACUUUGCUGCCAUAUAUGUAUGCGAUAUUGAGCAAGUACCGGAUUUCAAUCAGAUGUACGAGCUCGAAGAUCCUUGUACGGUGAUGUUUUUCUACCGUAACAAGCACAUGAUGUGUGAUUUCGGAACAGGCAACAACAACAAGUUGAACUUCCUUAUUGACAGUAAACAGGAAAUGAUCGAUAUCAUAGAGACCAUUUAUCGGGGAGCCAUAAAGGGGAAAGGUUUAGUGGUGAGUCCUAAGGACUACAGUUCAGCCCGAACAAAGUAG